AUGUCGGUGGACUCUUCGUUCCUCGAUUCCCCCAGCGAGCCCCAAAACUUCAACACCAACGCGCCCUUCGACCUCCUCGUGCUGGACCUCUUCCUCAAACUCGAAUCCACCAACCACGAAAACAAAGGCCCCUACGAAACCGUCAGUGCAAAGAAAACACUGAUAAUCGAAGAUUUCGUGAAAACCUGGCGAACCCACUUUGGAAAAAACAUCUACCCGGCGGUAAGACUCAUCUUUCCAAAUAGGGACGGCAGAAAGUACCACGUUAAGGAUGUGGCUCUUACAAGACUUGUCAUAAAGCUUCUAAAGCUCCAACCGGGCCUGAACGACUACCAGAUAAUCAGAAACUGGAAGAAACAGUACCAGCUGAAGGCCACGUUGGCUACGGCGUCCGAACAACGCCAAUUGGGCGAUUUGCCGUUGAUUAUCGCCAGAAUCAUGCUGAGAAGACGAGACCAGAACGAACCUAUAAAGAGUACGUUAACUGUGGAUGAAGUGAACGAAACUUUGGAUAAGUUGGCAGCGAAAACCCAGUCUAAAGAGCAACUAGCACUCUUGGAACCGUUCGUGGAACGCCUAACUAUCCCUGAAAUACGGUGUGUGUUCCAGAUGAUCCUAAAAGAGUCCAUGUUGCUGUUUUUCGAACGGGCUUUCUUCCAGGCGUGGCACCCGGACGCCUACAAUUUAUUUAAGGUGUGUGAAGACAUGAAGAAGAUUUUUUGGGCGCUUACAGACCCGGAAAAGCGACUUCUACCAACCCAGUUGUGUGUUCAGCCAAUGUACAUGUUUGUGCCUCAGAGUUCACAGAAGUUGGAGAUUUCCUAUGAGAAUUUGUGUAAACGGAUGACGGUGGGGCUUCAGGGGGGUAAGGAUCCGAAGCUUAUGGAAUUGUACAAAAAAGAGCACUACGAGAACGCUUUUCUUAUUGAAGAGAAGAUAGAUGGUGAUAGAAUGUUGAUGCACAUGGUUGACGGGAAGUUUCGAUGGCACACGCGUCGAAGAAGGGAUUAUACGUUGGUUUACGGUGAAAACGUCCAUAUUGGGUCGCUUACAAAGCAUUUGGGCCACGCUUUUGACGAAAAAGUGCACAGUAUAGUUAAAGAUAGAGAGAUGAUUUUACCUUUUGGAACGCUCAGGUCGGCGGCUGUGCAAGAAGCACUUAAACAGUUUGACGUAAUUGACGUUUAUGAAGGGAACAACAGCUGGCCCUUGUUCCUAGUGUUUGAUAUACUCCAUUUAAACGGGAGAGAUCUCUCUGGAUUGCCGCUUUUUUACAGAAAGAACUUGAUUAACAAAGUCGUCAGGGAAGUCCCCCACCGGUUCGAGGUCUUGGAAUGGGUGAAAGCAAAGUCUCCUACAGAUAUCAAGGCCAACAUGCAAAGAAUCGUUUCUGAGCGAAACGAAGGGAUCAUGGUGAAGCUGUUGCUUUCAAAGUAUAGGGUUUACAGCCGGGAAUCGACGUGGAUCAAGGUGAAACCGGAGUAUUUGGAGAAUUUCGGUGAAAACCUCGAUUUGGUGGUUAUUGGUAAAAUUGGACGAGUAAAGACAUCCUAUAUCUGUGGCCUCAAAGACGUGGACGACGAAGGGUGCUAUAAACUGUUCUGUAUGGUUGCCAACGGGUUUCUGAACGCUGUUUACAGGCAAAUCGAAAGCAAAUUGGUCAAUUACUGGCGGGACUUUUCUAUCCAGAAACCUCCACUUUCACUUCUCAAGUUUGGAACGAAAAAACCAGAUUUCUGGAUCAACCCGGCCAAUCUGAUCGUUCUAGAAAUCAAAGCCAGGUCCAUUGAAGUCACUGCUGAAACUCCCUACGCUGCUGGGUCCACUUUACACAACUUAUGGUGCAGAGCAGUCAGAGAGGAUAAAGACUACGAUGAGUGUAUUACGCUCCAAGAGUACCAGGACCUCAAAGCAAAGUAUCUGCUGGAUAUUUAUAAAAAUCAGGACGUCAACAGGAACAGAAAGAGACCUGGAGAGAACCUGAUUGUGGAAAAGUAUGAAAAGGUGAAAAGGCUUAAAAUCAAAGAACAGCUGGAUCUCUUUAAAGGGCUACAUUUGGUGGUUGGUACAGAUUACAGAGACGUGGAUGAACAAAAGAAUAUGUCUGCUGAAGCCUUGAAACAUCUUAUACGGCUGCAUGGAGGUCAAAUUGAACUUAAUCCAAAGAGAGAUGAGUUAUAUGGAAAGACCGUGGUUGUUUUGGGAAGCAAUGUCACUCCACGGCUCCAGAGAUGGUUGAGAGAGGGAUUUGAUAUUAUUCUGGGCAGUUGGGCCGUGGAGACGAUUGGCCAGGCCUACGACGAGGGCCAGAAGAUCCCUUUGUUGCUUAAAGAGACGUUUCUCGAUGCCUGUGUCGACGCUGGAAUGGUCGUUGACGAAGAUCCAUAUAAGGUUUGA